CCGAGACCUUCUGCAGUGACCGUCCCAGAAUCAACACAGAAAUGCAAUUCGCAUCUCACCAUAUCCCAUAUCUGUGCUAAGCAGCCGGGAUGACGGCAUCAAUCAUCCACGUGCCAUUCGCUCUGGGUCGGGGUAUGUAUGUAACAUAGGUAGGCAGGAACGUUAUCUGUAUGCCAACUACGGAACACGCCCACCUCAUUUGCGAUCUGCGUCUCCCCCGUCCGUCCAACGCCGACGGUGUAGGCCCCCGGUUCGCAAUCGCCGCGGGUGAUCUUCCCCGCGCCUUGGACACCAGGACGCUUCCUCUUGAGGAAUUCACCAUGGCUCUUCCGGACCUCGAGAAGCGAGCCCUUCCUUCGCUCGAGAACGGCCAUGGCUACGAGUUUGACGAGGAACCCCCAAGACGCCGCGCCCUGUCAUGGCUGGGGACCUUUGCUGUCGUCCUGUCCCUCUUGGCCACAGUAUGGUGGACAUCCGGCCAGGGCCUCGCAGCGACGCUGUCAUUCACGAAUCAUGCAAGCCUCCAAGCCCACACAGGUUACCCUGGGCUCGCAUCCCAAGCGGUCAUCAGCCGGUCGCCCACCGUCGACGUCGGCGUCGACGACGACACGGGCACCGGAACCACGUCGGCCGCAGCCCCGACGCGCACCGUGCUCAAGGUUUUCGAGGUCGACCAGCCGGUUCUGAUGCCCGGCGGCCCUGCCGAGAGCGACGGAUCCACGCGCGCCGGGGAGGACUACUCGCCCGAGCUGUGCACCGUUCUGCUGAUGAGGCACGACUUCGCCUGGAGCUACAAUGCCCCGUUCGUUGGGGACUAUACACCGCCUGACUGUGAAUUCAACCGGGUUGUGCUCAACUUUAGUGUCGUGAGCGAGGGUCGGCAGUACGACCGCCUUGCCAUCAUGUACUUUGGUGAUACCGAAGUUUGGAGAACCUCAACAGCUGAGCCGACCGUGCCUCCAGGAAUUAGUUGGAUAUAUCUCAAGGAUAUGACCCACUACAUGUAUUUUUGGAAGUCUCCGCAAAAGAUCAUCUUCGAUCUUGGAAACCUGAUCAACGACAAGUACACGGGCAUCUACAACACCACUCUGACAGCCAUCUUCUUCAACAGCCCUGUCGAGACUGAUCAGGCACCUCCAAGCGAUCUGAUCAUCCCAAUCUCGGCUCGUCAGGGCGCCAACAACUCGGUCAGCCAGUUCACUCUGCCGGCCCAGAACGCCACCAACACCAUCAGCUUCCCGCGGAACGUCCAUCGUGCUGUAUUCUCCGUCUCAGCCAACGGCCAGGCAAACGAAGAGUUCUGGUGGAACAACGUCCUACAGAGCGACGUCUACACCUUCAACUCGACAGCCGGUGCACUUCCGGGCUUGAGUCCGUUCCGCGAGGUCCAGGUGCUCAUCGACGGCCAGCUUGCCGGAUUGCAAUGGCCCUUUCCGGUCAUCUUCACCGGCGGGGUCGUCCCCUCGCUGCACCGCCCCAUAGUGGGCAUCGAGGCGUUCGACCUCCGGGAGCACGAGAUCGACAUCACGCCGUUCCUGCCGCUGCUCUGCGACGGCCAGCAGCACACCUUCACCAUCCGCGUCGCCGGCCUGAACGACACAGGCACCACCGCCUCGGCCCACCUCACCGAGACGGUCAACGAGAGCUGGUACGUCACGGGCAAGAUCUUCGUCUGGCUCGACGACGACCCCUCGUCCAUCACCACCGGCGACCCCCCCACCAUCGACGAACCACCCCCGGUCAUCAGCAUCAGCCGCUCCAUCACCACCGCCGCCAACGGCACCAACGAAACGCUCACCUACUCCACCACCGUCUCGCGCUCCCUGCAAAUCACCGCCCGCAACCUCCGCACCCAGCCCAACUUGACCUCCUCCUCCUCCGCCACCUGGACCCAAUCCCUGCGGUACACCAACGACGGCCACCUCUCCGCCUUCGGCUACAACCAGCGCAACACGCUGUCCAUCCAGGGCGCCGACCGCGCCGACCUCCCGCGCGGCGCCCGCUACGCCACCACCUACGCCUACCCGCUCGCCGCCAACUCCUCCGCCGCCGUCUCGCCGCAGGGCAAUCUUACUCUGUGGGCGCGCCUCGCGCAGGGCAAGCAGCUUGCCGUGUCGGGCGCCAGCGUGUUUCCCACCGGGCUGGAGGCGUUCUCUGGCCACAGCGGCAGCGGUAGUGGCAGCGGUAGCGGUAGUGGCGGGGCGGUGGUGGCGGUGUUGCGGACCAGUAAAGAGGGCACCGGCUCGUUUUACCAGAGCGGCGACGGCAAGCAGAGCAGCGGGUUCGGCGACGCGCGGCAGGUGUUUUGGUUCGGCACGGCGGACGGGGACGAGCUGUACUUCAGGGACGUGAGUGCUGUCAAUGGGUCGGUGGUGGCGGAUUCGAAGAGAGUGGGGGGGAAGGAGGCAGGGGCGGGUGUCGAACAGGGUGGAGAGGGGGUAGCGGCGGCGGUUUCGUAUGAGUUGUGGUAGCUACCUGGUAGGUAAAUCUACCUGGAAAUGAGCAUGAAGUCAGAGGAUCAGGGUUGGUUGAGGGUAAGAGAGCUAGCGAUACCCUCUGAUGUGUUCCUUGCUGUGCCUGCGGCUUAUCGCGCGGGUUGAUGCUGUCUCAGCUCGGGCUCUUUUAGCCCGCUAUCUCCUAGGCAUUCAGCUACUGGUGGUCCUCGAGUAGCAGCUUGCGCGCCGCCGUCUUGCGGUCC